AUGGGCAACGGAGCGUCGUGCGUUCCCCGGUGCAUCCAGGCGGCUGCCACGGCCAAGGUCGUCGGCCCAGACGGCGUCCUCCACCCAAUCGAGGCCCCCGCCGGCGCCGCAGAGAUCAUGAUGGAGUUCCCCGGCCACGCGGUGGCGCGCGCCGACGAGGCGCUGAGGACCCGGCGCGCCGCCGGGUUAUUGCGGGCGGAUGAGGAGCUGCUGCCCGGGGCGGUCUACUUGCUGCUGCCCCUGAACCGGGUCGGGUCCCGGCUCUCCGACUGCCAGGUGGAGGUUCUGCUCGAGGCCGUCGGUCGUCGGAGGCGGCGGUGCAAGGAGGACUGUCGUGGGAGGAGGGUGUUCCCGGAGAUAAGCGGCGGAAGCGAGGAAAACACGAGCAAGCGAGUUGGCGGAUGCCGGCAGUGGAGACCGUCCUUGGAUACCAUCCAUGAGUCCAAGUCUAGAUGA